UUUGGUGCUUCAGUUAGCUGAGUUGAAGAGCCUUGCUAGCAUAUGUGGGUAGAGUUUUUCUCCAAACUAUGGUUCAUACUGACAUCCUUUUGACCUUUUAACAACGCCACAGCUCAUUUUAGCUCUGUGGCUAAGCUCUGCGUUCAUUCAGCUAGAGAUCCACAUGAGCUUGGAGCAUCCUGCUAGCCAAGAAAGAUUAGCAAUAUAUUCCGUGCAGAAGGAAGGUGAACACCAGGGUCAUCAACCAUGCCAGGUGGAAUUACAGAGAGUGGGGAACCCUACUCUCCAUUUGUGGGGCUGGUCUAUAUGUUCAAUCUGAUUGUAGGGACCGGAGCUCUGACGAUGCCCAAAGCCUUCGCCUCAGCAGGUUGGGUGGUUAGCAUAUCACUCAUCUCCUUUUUAGGAUUUAUGAGCUACAUGACCACCACCUUUGUGAUCGAGGCGAUGGCGUCGACUAACGCUCAGCUGCGCUGGAAGAGGAGAGAGCAGGAGGAGUUUGAUGUACAGCCUGGUAGAGACUUGCUCAUAUAA